AAAUUAUCGCGACUAAAUAUGAAUUGUUUAGUCGCGAUAAUUUUCAGUGAUUGUGGGAAUAUCACAAUACUAGAACCUCACAUAGAAACAAUCAAUCAAGUGUUUGAAUGAGUAAAGUCUGGGUACUUUAAAUAAAAUUCUCGAUUUAAUGACCAUAUAAUAAAAACUUAAUAGCUAAAAUAAAAAAAAUUUUAAAAAAACCUAUUAAUACUGAAAACACAAAUCUUAUAAAACAGUUAUGUUUGAAUCUUGAGAGUUACCAACUUAUUGUCACUCCUAAUUAGCUGGAAUUGUGAAACACACUUAAAUUCAACAUUUCCAAAUAUGUGUGCUUAUCAUAUUGAAAUGCACAUAAAUAGCACAGGAACUUCGAAGUACAGUAGCUGAUAUCAUUAUUGUUAUGGUUUCUGUGCAACCACAAGAGGCAUGGUGAUAAGUAGCUAAACUACAAGGUUAUUGGAACUUGAUAUGCGAUGACCCAUAUCAUAUAUAAAUGACAAGUGACGCCAGUGUAAGCACUUAUUCUCAGCCGAACUUUCAACUCAAGAUGAGUAAAGCCAAAUGGGAAAACAAUGAGGAAGUUCGAAUCUUUCGUGAAUAUCUGCGCAUUCCUUCGGUGCAUCCAAAUGUGGAUUACACCCCUUGUGUGGAGUUCCUAAAGCGACAGGCAGCCAGUCUGAGUCUUCCUGUGGAUGUUGUCUAUCUUCGUUCUGAAGCGAGUCCUGUUGUCAUCAUCAAGUGGCUGGGCAAGCAGCCUGAGCUGCCAUCCAUCAUUCUGAAUUCCCACAUGGAUGUAGUACCUGUAUUCCCAGACAAAUGGAUACAUGGCCCUUUUAGUGCUCACCUGGAUGAUGAGGGGCGUAUUUAUGGGCGUGGCUCGCAGGAUAUGAAAUGCGUGGCAACCCAAUAUCUGGGAGCCAUUCGAUCUCUAAUAGCUGAUGGAUACCAACCAAGGCGAACGGUUUAUCUUACCUUUGUACCAAAUGAAGAAGCUGGACAUGAUGGUAUGGUUGAUCUGGUCAAGAAAGAUUAUUUCAAGAAACUAAAUGUGGGAUUCAGCUUUGACGAGGGCAUUGCCAGUGAGGAUGAAACCUUCUCUCUGUUCUAUGCCGAGCGUACUGUGUGGCAACUCAAAUUCAAGUUCGGAGGUACUGCUGGUCAUGGUUCUAUGCUUCUGCCCAACACAGCUGGCGAGAAGUUCAACUAUGUUGUGAAGAAAAUGAUGGAGUUCCGCGCAUCGCAAGUGAAACUACUUGAAGAGCAUCCUAAUCUUGAUAUUGGAGACGUAACCACAGUGAAUCUCACCCGAAUUGGCGGUGGAGUGCAAAAUAAUGUGGUGCCCGCUUCUCUAGAAGCAUAUUUUGAUAUUCGAAUUGCCAUAACUGAAGAUUUGCAUGCUUUUGAGAAGCAAAUUCGCAAAUGGAGUGCAGAGGCUGGUGAGGGGAUUGAUAUAAUCUUUGAAGCGAAAGAGGAUUAUGCAGAGCCGACAAAGAUUGAUGCAUCUAAUCCUUAUUGGAUGGCCUUUAAACAAGGCAUAGACGAAUUGGGUCUGAAAACUCGUGUAAGAGUUUUUCCGGGUGGCACUGAUAGCCGUUUUCUACGUCAUCUGGGCAUUCCUGCUCUUGGAUUUUCACCAAUUAACAAUACACCUGUAUUACUGCACGAUCAUAAUGAGUAUCUGGGGGCAGACACCUAUCUACGUGGCAUUGCAAUUUACAAAAAACUCAUCGCAUCUGUUGCUAAUGUGUUGGCUUAUACCACACUCCAGUCAUAAAUAAGAGCUGACAGUGGUUAUAAGGUGCUACUGCACAAAAAUUUUCAUUCAGUUUAAAGCAAGAAGCAUCUAAGAGCACACUAAACAAACCAAAAUGAGCAAAGCAGAGUGGGAAAA